CGGAACCCGAAUGUCGGAAGAUGGGGCCUUCCCCUUGCACUUUUAAUUUAGUAGGAGUUUGGCUUUUCCCAACCGUAGACGUUUUGCUGCACCAGGUUACGCCUCGAGCAGCGAAGCACUUCCGGCGUUGGAAGAUUCCGAUGUGUCGCGAGUUGUUAGACGGAAUGUGAUAUCUUGGUUGGGAGUGUGUUUUUUUAAAGUGGCUUUUGUAUUAAGUAGUGGUUAUGUAAGAUUUUUGGAAUAGUUUGCAUUUUUUUACAAGUGUACCAAUCAAGCGUUAAUUCGUGACACGUGUUUGUUUAGUACCCGCUAAACGGCUACCGCAGAACCAAUUCCGUGGCGUGCCACAGGAAAUCCUGGGUGCCAAUCGUGCCGUGCAUUACUUCAGUAAACUGUAACGUGCAGUGCCACCUAUUGAAAUCCUUUAAAAGCUUCCCAAUCGCCAGCUUCAGCUACUGCCCGCGAGAUGUCAGUGCUGGCCGCUUUACGCCUGAAAGGAUACUAACCCCCAAGCGUCGAGACCGGAUUGCUGCAGCUGAAACCAGGAAGCACCCAUGCUUGGCCGCGAAUGGUUGCCGGCCGAAGUGUUGUUGUUUCAGGAACUGACCGAAGCACUCCACUGUCGUCGUGACGGUCAUCCGAGCGGUUGUGAACAUUGCUGGAACUAUGCGCAAGGAUUGUACCGGAAUUGCUACCUACUAGCGCUGAGAAUACUGCAGCAGGGCAUGUCACUUACAAAAGCUUGGAAGAUCAAGAAAGCGAUUCUCAAUGCCGUCGAGGAAGAGCAACAGCUGCAGGUGGCCAAGGAGGAAGCGUUCUUCAAGAUCUUCCAACGGUUGGUCUGCGAGGAUGAGCAGUACGUGGGCGAACUGCUACCGGAGGGGCUCCUUGGCCCGCCGGGGUCACGGCAACAAACGGCUGUUCACUUGGUAGCUAGUAGACAAACCGGCACUGCAACCGCCAUUUUACGGGCUCUGUUGACGGCGGCCGGUAAGGAUAUUCGAGCAAAGACUGACGGUAAAGGCAAAAUACCACUCCUGCUUGCUGUCGAGGCUGGUAACCAGUCUAUGUGCAGGGAGCUCCUUUCGGCACAAACGGCAGAUCAACUGAAGGUGAGUAAAACCCAACCAUUUAUCUCCCAAAAAAUGACCACACCAUGACCACAAACACACAAACAUAUCCCAUAAAAACAAACCCCACCUUCAGAACGAGAAAGAAAUCGGAAAGUGCUAGUGAAAUCAUUCAAAACCCAGUAUUUUUCGUGAAGAAUCGUGUUAUGUAACCACGUGCAACCAUAACCUCACAUUCGUACGAGAAUACCAUGUGAAAAGUGCAGGAAAUCAUAAAUGCAAAACAAAAAUUGAUGAACAUCACAAACACCGUCCAUAACCUCCCGGAUAGCACACAACACACAUCAGAAGUAGGCUAUCUACUUGAAAUCGCAACCAACAAACGCCAUCUGUGAACCCCUUUUCCUUUUCCACCUCCGAGCAGUAGGGUGUCCGGGAAAAUUGACAAAAGCAAACUUCUAACUUUGUUCUUCUUUUUUUUGUAACAUGGUCAGUAUUUUUAAGAAU